AUGAAAUUGGACGGACGGCACGGGUGCGACGGCGGCGGUGGCGUUUACGGGGCCACGGCGAGACUCGAAGACGACAGUGACCGCCAGGAACGGCCGCAGACGGCCGCGAUGGACGAACGCAGCGGCCACCCAGUGUCGCCCCUGCAAGAACAGUGUGACUGCACCGACGUCGAUGCUCAUCACGGGCAGGCGACGACGGCCACGGUGGUGGCCAGUCCGGUCGCCGUGCCCAAGACAUCGUCGGCCGUCGGGUCGUCCUUGUUUACCAUCGAUAGCAUACUGGCCCCGUCCAGAUCGUCGGAUGCCGUAGCCACAACUGGAGCCGCAGCCGGCCGCAAUAAUGUGACCACCGCCACGACGGCAGCCACGGCCGGAUUCUUCAAGCAGCCCUUAAACUUUGGCCACUUGGCCGCUGCCGCAGCAGCGUCCGGAUACGCUCACUCCACCGCCGCCAACUUUUUGGGUAAGUCGACUGUAGUAUAUUAUUGUUAGUUUAUAAUCGGUUUCUACAACCAUCACAAUAAUUAUUGCAAAAUCUGAACAAAUUAUCGGUCAAUAAUUAAGAAAACUAUAAAGGUGUUGUUUUUCGGAAGCAAUACAUAAUUUAUGGCCUUAUCGAUGUUAUUAAUGUUUAUGUGUGGAAACUAUCAUCUGCAUUGUUGGAUAAUCCAUUUUUGUAUACCAAUAGUUAGUCAGUUAAAAAUCCGACAGACGUCAUUGAAUUUCCUUCCAGAGGAAAUAAUGGGAGAAUUACACAGAAAUCGUUUAUUAAACCGUUCGACGAGACGCGUGAGAUACAUUUUUACUUUCUAUAGGAUAACCUAGAAGUUAGACACCUACGUUAUAAAACUAUUUUGUAUGGACAUAAAAAGUACAUUUGUUGAGCCAAUUCUAUACAGAAUAGCAGCCGAACGACAGGAGCAUUUUAUAAUAAACCGUCAGAUCAAAAUAUAAUUCCCUAUAUCAUUAUUAUAAUGGUUAAAAAAGCUCGGAAACCUUAUGAGAAAUUUGUUUAAAAUAUUCUCGUCGUGUAUAACGAUCCAAAAAUAAAUAUUAAGUUUAUACUUGUGUAAUAUCAUAAUGCCAUCAUCGUAUCAUACCUAGAGUCUCGAAUUAAAUAGUAACUUAAUUCGAAAUAUAAACCACUUGAUAUUAUUUUUUUUUAGAAAUAUGUAUGGACAAGUUAAAUCUUUCCAUCCCAACUUAACUCCCCCCUCUCUAUCUCGUACCAGCCAUCUUUAUCAAAAACUGAAAAGAUGUGAUUGUAUUAUACUAUUAUUGUGAGUUAUGAUAGUCCUACACUUUUGAUCUGAAAUACUAAACAGUGAAAACACUGAAAACUUCAUAGAAAAAAAAUCUCUCUAAACAUAAAAACUCUAGCGGGCUACCUUUGUUUGAAUAUUAUUUAACGAAAAUAAUAAUUUAUUAUUUUUAUUUUUAACACCGAAAUAUUAGGGUGACCAAAAAUAACUUAUAUUUUCUAAAAGUCCCACCUACUUAAAUUAUUAAUUUGUCUAAUAAGAAGUUUGACGAAAAAUGUAAAGAAAAAUUGUUUUUUUUUUUUCAUUAGCCACUAAAUUUGUUUGAAGAAAUGAUGUAUUUUACAUAAUAUAUUAACAAAUACAUAAUGUAGUUAUCUAUGAUUUAUAAUAUUUAAUAACAAACAAAUCACAGAUUUUUAUCUUAUACAAUUUCAAGUGUCUAUAGUUGAUUUAUUUGUAUUUGGAUACUUUUGUCAGUGUUAUUUAACUACUUGCAAAAGAUACCGUUUUUGUUCUUCUUGGUUUGUAAUUAUCGCUUUGAAUUUUGUGUAAUUAACAAAAUUCCAUGUUUAGCUAUAUCGUUCACUACUUUCAGUUUUUAAACUGAUACGACCAACGAUAUAAUCUUUGUUAUUUUCCUAAGUACUUAUUAUCGUACAAUAGUGCGAUAUCGGGUUAUUAAUAACUUCGAUAAGUCAAAAGCUUUAAGGUACCUAUACAAAUGUAUAAAACUCUUAUUCGGUAUGGUUGCGAACAUGGACGCUUCAUAAGAUCCAACAAUUACUCUUUUAGUAUUUGAAAUGAAAAUUCUGGGUUCGAUUUUUGGUCUCCGUGUAGAUGCGGAAUCUGGAGAGUGGAAGGUCAGACAAAAUGUGGUGUAUAAAGAGCUUUAUUAAAAAUCCAAUAUAGUAAAUGAAAUAAGAAAUAAGCAGCUCUCUUGGGCUGGCUACGCGUAGUGAAAAGAAAAGGAUCAUUUAUAUACAUGGAAAAACGUGGUACCCCAGAAGGCAAAAGACCAUAUAGAACGUCCUGAGUAAUGGUGUAAAGACCUGGCGCGGGUCGAACCAGACACUACUUGGUGAAUUUUAGAUGCAGUGUGUAGGAAAAUAUGGCAUGCCAUUGGUUUCUCAGUAUGGUUUUGAGGGGCAGGCAACUACGAAAAAGAAGAAGAAAAACAAUAAAUUCGAACAGAAAAAUGUUGCGCCACCUCUAGAUCAGAUGAGACCGGAUUAACCAAACGAGAUAAAACAUUCAGAAAAUAUAUUUUAUGCCAAAACGUAAAUUUUAAAGAGUGUGGGAUGAAAGAAAUAUUUUACUUAAAUAAAAUGUUUCCAUUUAAAAUAACUUUUACCCUGCCAUAAUAAUGUGUACAUAAUAUCGUACCGCAGCAAAUGGUAAAAUGCGUGCAAUAUAAAUUACCGUUCCAAUAAAAUCACGAUCGACCGUAUACAUACCGUUUACCGUUCAAAUAUUUUUAACAAAGCCUUUUCAUUGUUAUGCAACAUCGUCGUUUGUUUUCCGUUUAUUAAAAUAUAUCGCAAUUAUUGUUCGGUGGUUACGUGUAGGUGAUAGAUCAUAAACUAUUAUACUAAACACCCGGGUAUUAACGGUUUUCUGUAUUCUUGACGUUGGCCUUUGGAAUUACAUUGAUUAAAUGUCAUUAAAAUUUGUUUUUGUGUAUCUAUGUGUGUAUGUGUGUGUAUGCGUUUAACGCAUGGUAAAACAAGUCGAUUUUACGGAAAAAAUGUCAGAGAAAAAAAUCAUAUUCCAAUUCAUUGUAGAAAUCAAGAUUUUUGACAAAUUGACCCAGAAAAUGCAGUAUCGUAAAAAUUACACGGGAACAAAAUUUAUUUACGAAUGAUUACAAAAAAAUCAUAUGUAAAUAAAAGAUUUAAAAAUAAAAAUAAAUAAUAUCUAUCGCUUUUAACAAAAUGUGUAUUUCUCCCAGGGGUUAAAUUAAGAGGCGCACAAGGAGACCGAUAUACUGAAUUCUAUUACUAUUUCUAUUCGAUAUUAAAACAUCUUCUUUAACACAAUAUUCUUCAAAAGGUAGAUUACGCGUAAAUUUCUUAAUUAUAAAUAACUGUAUUUAAGUAAAACAUUGUUCAAUAUUGAUAUCCAAAUAUAUAGAUAAAUAUAUUUUGUCUCUUCCGUCUUUGUAGUUAAAUCAGAUUUACCUUACUAUGGCGAUUGAUGAUUGAACGCUUACAAAUUGAACUAAUUUAUAAGUAACUUACAGUGGAGUUCGAAUGAUUGUAUCAUGAGGGAGACAGAAGGGUGAGGAUCAUUUUUUAAACAUUUUUUUAACAAUUAUUGCUACGUUUUAUUUUUCUAAAUGCGAGUUAUAUAACUACUCUAAUCUAAUCUCUAAUUUAAUAUAAUUUUAUCAUGAUAAACAUUGAAGAGAAAAUGUUUAUGAGAGGAUAUACCGCCCACUCCCCAUUCAACCAUCCCUGGUACAACUUUUUUUUCAAAACCGAUAUUGUACCCGAUAUUUUCGAAAUAAAUUCUUUUUUAAUUUAUUUUCUAUAAAUGUUUAAUUUUGAUAUGUAAUUACAAGAUAAAAAAACCCUUUAUUUUAAUAAUGUAAAUCAAAGAAUAUGGCUAUAAAUAAUAUAUAUUGUUUAAAAAUUUAACAUGGACAAUAUUGGUAAAUAUCGGUUUAUUUCAAUAUCAGUUUUUGAUUUCAAAUAUCAGAUCGGUUAUCGGUUUUAUAUCGGUAACAAAUAUUUGAACAUCGGGUAUCGGAAAUAAGCGUCAUAUCGGCUCACCACUAUUUAUUGUAUUAUAUUAUAUUAUUAUUAAAUUAGUAUUUGAUCUUUGUUUUUUUUUAUAGUACCUGAUUCUUAAAACAUUAUCAAUAUAAAAUGUUUAAGUUUAAAUCUUUUUAUUAAAAUUAAAUUUAUUGACGUUGCUUAAAUUAUUUCGAAGAUUAAACAAAUAUUCAUCUACCUAGGUAUCUUUAUUAGAUUUUUAAAUUAACAAUUAAAAAAUAUUGUAGAUACCUAUAGGCUAUAAAACAUGUACUGAUAUACAUAUGACAUACUUGUACAUGUAUGGUGUAGCCAGUAUAGGAUGUCUAAAGCAAAUCACAUUUAGGUUUUUCAGAUUAGAUGAUUUUUGAUAGCGCAUAGAGUAGCUUUGAUAUAGAAUAAAUUAUUUUAAAAUAUAAGCCCCUCUCUAAAACGGUAGAUGAUAUCCGCCUAUGGUAAUGCCGCCAUUAGUACUUCAAUUAUAAUUACUUUGACAGCAAAUCAAAGUUAAACAUUGUAAUUGAAAGUAAACGAUAUGUUUCUAUUUUAAUUAUUAUGCAUACAUUUUAAAAAUUAUGAAUAAUAAAAAUAAUAUAACAAAAUUGAGCAAAGCGAAACUUAUCAGUAUCAUCUUCUUCGUGAUUUAAAAAAAAAAAAAACAAAUCCUUUCCUAUAAUUAUGACUUACCGCAUAUUUGAUUUAUUCAUUUAUAUUAUAUGAUACUAUAAUAUCAUCUAUAACGACGACCGUAUUAUAUAAAUACCGAAUUUUAAAAUAUAAUUUAAUAAUAAUAAACACUGAAUAUUUACUUUGUAAAUUUAUAGUUAAAAUAAAUAUAUUCUUAUAGAUGCACAUGUACUUCCGCCGUAACUAGAACGAGGUCCAUAGGGAGAUAUUACCGCCCUGUAAACGUAUUUAUGGCCCUCCCAAAAUUAUGACUAUAAAGUAUUAAGAAUUUCAAGACGGGGGCGACCGCCUUCAGGGAAUUCAAUGAAAUUUACGCCUACACAUUUCACACACAAUUACAAAAACAAGAAAUACAAUUAAAACAUAUUAAAAUUAUUAUUAUUCGAAAGUUUGAAACCGUACUAUAGCUGGUAUACAUAAUUUAUUGUAUUUUAAUUCAAUUUAAAUCGUUAAUGCCAGCGUAAUAUUUAUCGACUUUUCGUAAGUUUUUUGGCGAAUCUCAAACGCAAUUCAUGAUCGCGAGAAGCCGUAAUAUGCAUUAGUAGCAACCUUAAAGGCGUUUUCUACAAAGAGCCGAAGGGGAACGUUAAGGGAAUGGAUAAAUAGUAGGUAUUUCGUUUAAUUUAUUUAACCACAUUAUUAAAUCGGUGCAACGUAUUUCGAAACCUCAUGAAAAACGUCGUUUUUGUUCGAAAGUUAUUAUGUUAAUAAUUAAUUAAAUUAUAUAGUAAGGCGCAUACCUAAAUUAUUUAGACAGUAAGAUAAAAAUUUUAAUCAUCAUGAUCAUUGAAUCGUUUAAUAGCAAUUAGAUCGAACUAUUCGUGGAUUAAGUAUAACUGUCUAAUAAUUCGGAGUACGAACUUCAAACACAACGUGCAAUCAUUAUUAUGUAUCGCGGUUUUAUACAAAAGAUAAAACAUUCUAGAUAAAUAUGAGAUAUAAUAUAAUAGUUAUCACGUAUCCAAUGUAUCAAUAUUAAGUUCGAUCAAUCGAUUACUACGUUUAUGCGCAGUGACAGCUCGCCGGAUGAGACGAACGUGACCGUGCCUUAUUUACCAUAACUUUGUUAUUACAAAAUAAAAUAAAUACUUAUACCUAGUUCUUUCAGUAAAAAUUCCAUUCUUCAAAAACAUGAAACGGAUGUCGUUAAAAAUAUAAUACAAGUAUAUCAUACAGUAUUAGUCGGUUUCAGAAAUUUAUGUGCAUAUAAAGUCAAUAGGUACUUUGAAAUUUUCAAAAUAAUGACUGAUAACAAGAGUCUAAAAUCGACAAAUAAUAAUUUAUUAUAAGCGCCUCUUUAUACCAACAUCUCCGACCGUACCACUGAUGUUAUUUUCAAAAUAAUCUUUAAAUUAUCGUUUCCCCGAGAGCUGUUUGUCUCUAAUACUUAUCUAAUAGUAUAAUCUAUGAUUAGUGCCCGAACGGGAGGGGUUAAGAAGAUAGAAUACCUCUUAUUUUCUAAAAAUAUGGGGCGUGAUUAAAAAUUUGUUGAUUCCAAAUACCAAAUAAUCUAAUUGAAUCGGUCAAAUGAGAAACAACACAGGUCACAUAAAAUUAGUAAGAUUAAGAUUUAUUUCAUGCGCUUUAAUAUUUCAAUAUAAUUUUGAUGUUAUCAAAAACUGAUUGGUUUUUUUUUUAUAAUAUUAAUUUGUAAAAUAUGUUUUAAAACUAAUGUAAAAAAAAAAGACGUCCUAGGAUAAUGGGGACGGAAGCAGCCACUGUUAUUGGUAGUUUAAUGUUUACUUGUAGGCAAUGAUAAACCAUUGCUUACGAAAAAACGAUUCUGAGAGGGGUUCAGUUGAUAGUGAUGCUUUGUCAACAAAAUAUAUGUCAUUUUAUAGUAAAAUAAUUAAAUAUUAUUUAUGUAUUUUCUUUAAUAAUUUCUAUUUAAUCUUUAAUGUUGUACCGAUUUUCCCAUGUUUUAUCCCGGUUUUUUAUAUUUACUGGGGAAACUUUUGAGAAAAUUGAAAAAUUUCCUCUUCAAGGUACCUCCUCACACCGAUUUCCUUUCAGAAAAGGUGUUAUACGUAAAAAUCGGAGCAAGCCCUCAGGUAGAAAAGUUGUCCACAGAAAAAGAAAACAUCUUUGUAAAACCAUAUGGUUUUUCGCUCCAUUCAGAAUCUAAAAUAUAAUUUGUAAUAAAUAUGAUUUAAAAAGUUAGUUCUUUACCGUUUUCCAACCCUGCCAAAACCGAAACGACAGAAGUCAAGCGAGUCAAAUAUCUACUACCGCCGUGAACAAAUUUACUGCAGUUAUUAAUUAUUAGAUUGUUUAACGAAAUCAUUUUGGUCCAGGAUACUGUAAAGGAAACGCGUGUUUUUCGUGCCUGCAGUGUUCCAUUUUAAAUCAGCAUUGGAAUUUUUUACCGUUUUCCAAAAAUUUGGCGAUUAUGACGUACCUAUGUCGUUUCUCGAAUGACCCCACCAAUCAAUCGAUUUUUGUCCAAUUCGUGCUUAUUAGCUGUUAUUUUCGAUCGCUACAUUAUACGACUGCGUAACGCAGGUAGGGUUGUACAAUUUCAUUAAAUUUAUCUUUUCGAAAUAUUCCAUGAAAACGUCACGGAAUAUUUCAUUCGAGUGAAAAACGAAAUCCUUUCAGUUUCAUUUAUUAUGGUAAUUAUUAUAGUAAUAAUUAAAUGAUUGAUAGCUAAUAAAGUGAUAAGCAAUGAUUACGGAACUCAGUCAACAACUGCAGCUAUCAACACGCCGGUUUUUCGUUACCCACACUACGUCAUACCAGAGACCACGACCAUUGUACCGUAACGAUAUCAUAAAAUAUACGCCGAUUAGACAACAUUUGAAUGUUUGACAAUCACUAUCCCGAACGUAAAACAAAUACUUUUCAACAUUUCAAAAUCGCAACCCUAUAUUAUAUAGGUAAUAUUAUUUUCAUCGGUACGCGUUGCGUUUUAACGUUUUGCCGUGUCGGCCGACGCGCGGACAGCCCCACGCGCGGCCGCGAUCGCAAACGCGCCGCGUACACCGUGCACCGUCACACGUACCUCCGCGCCCCGCAGUGGGCCCGUAGACGUACUGCUAUUAUUAUUGUUGUUGUUGUUAUUAUUAUUAUACGUAUAAACCAUCUGUGCCGGGAGGGGGGGGUGGUGGGUGGUUUGUGUGGGUAUUUUCAAAUCCGUUUUCAAUAAUAUUGUACGCGUAUUAUAUAAUACGGCGAAGGCUUCGCGAAUAAUAAUAAUAAUAAUAAUUUUGCCGCCGCGUUUCGCCAAUGGAUCCCGUGGACCGUGCCGCGCCCCGAAGCCGCGCGGCCGUGCGACGUUAUUAUUAUGCAUUUGCGCUUCGUGCCCGGUGUAGCUACACACGUAUAUUUACGUGUGCGUGUAGGUAAGUGUGUGCGGUGUGCGGUGCGGCGUGCGCUCAGCGGAGGAGAGUGACAUUCAAUUUCUGAUAUUAUGUGCACGUUAAUAUUUUUUUCCUCGCGUAUACACGCGCGCGCGUAAAACGGAUACAACAGCGGCGGCGGCGGCGGCGGCGGCACAACGAAAUCGCACCUGAUCGAGCGUGUGCACAGAGGGGUUUCCGCGGAUUCCCAACGAACGUGUACGCGCGAGUAUGGGCGGCGAGGGGCAGACGCAGAAAAACGCUUAAACCGCGCGCCGCCGCCGCCGCCGCCGACAAUAAUAAUCGCUUGCCGCGACGGUACGCGUCGCGCGGCACGCUUUCGCGGGAGAAAAAAGAAAUAAUAAAAAUACGCAAUACCGCCGAUAUUAUACGCGUAAUGUGUGCGGACGCGACUGGUAUGCGUGUGCAUAUUCGAUUUUUGACGGUAUACGUCGUUGGAAAUAAAUAAAAAAAAAAAAAUAAAUAAAUAAAUAAAAAUAAAACCACCUCAGAAACGUUUCUCACGUACGAAACCGUCGAGAUUAUUUUCAUUUAUUUAUUGACGUUCGUUUUAUUUGUUCGUCCGAUCUCCAUACGCGGAUAAAAUAUUAUCACCUGCAUUGUUGUUAUUAUUGCGUGCGUAUAACGUGCGCAAUGGUACGCUCGAGCGCAAACUUUUUUCUACCUCUCGACGUUUUCGUGGAAAAAUAAUGGGUUUACAGUUGAUAACAACACGAAUUGUAUUUUCGAUUUAUAACCGUCAUGAUGAAUUACAAUUUUCUGACGAUUUAUAAUACUUUUUUUUUUCCUUUUUGAUUCUGAUUGAAACGGUUGGGAGUGUAUUCGGUUUUAAUACGUUGUGCACAAACAAUUUUUCUAUCGGAAAUCUCGCUUCAAUCAAAACCUUUAUGAAAACUUUCUUGUAAAAACGUUCAUCUAUAAACGGUACAUUGAGAAUAUUUUUUUUUUUUUUUGGUUUUUUUCUCGNACCUUUAUGAAAACUUUCUUGUAAAAACGUUCAUCUAUAAACGGUGCAUUGAGAAUAUUUUUAUUUUUUUUUUUUUUGGUUUUUUUCUCGUAGUUUUCUUAAUGAAUCGAUAAAGAUGGCAAUUUCCGAUAUAUAAUUUUCUGGGUUACCUUGGCAACAGUAGACAAAUACGGCCAAUAAUACUCUGCUCAGAAUGGUGUUUCAUUAACAACCAAAAACCAUCCGACCAUCGUGACGUAUACAGAUAACAAAUAUAAACUAAAUUUCUUUGUAUAUCCGAUCUUACAACUCCCCGUCUAAAAUUACGGCAUACCUAUCAACGGCUUUUUCUUUUUUUUAAAUGAUGAGUGUUUUUUUUUUUUUUUUUGGUGUUUUUUAAUUUUAAUUUUUGUAUGACUGAUAUAUGUAUUUCCCUAUGUAAACAGUAAAAACUAUAAAAAAAAAAUAAAGAUAUAAAUAAUAUCUCAUUUAAAACACAAGAUGUUAUAGUAUACUUUCGAAAAAAUCUACGGGAACUGCAGGUUAUAAUAAUAUAAUCUACACGUUACGGAUAAUGUUGAACAUUUAAAAAAAAUUCAAUUUUACGUUCGAUAUAAUCGAUUUUGUGCCGUUAAUUUUAACUUAUGUGACUUAUUAUCAUAAACUUUAAGAUAAGAGUAUUAUUUGCGUAAUAAACGUAAUCGUAUUUCUAUUAGACAUUUUGAUUUUCAAGCAAGAUGCGAAGAUUUUUUAAAUUACAAUAUUUUGCAUAGUCGAUUGUUGUUUAACAAAAAAAAAAAUAAUUAACAAAUCACCGUACAAACGCGAAUCGAUAUUCUUGCGGUCGAUAAUAAACAGCACGAAAUCGGAUAUACCUAACGAAAAUUUGUUAGGGAUCCCAUUCGUGUUGUAUUUCAGACAAGCGUCCCAGUGUCCCGACCAAACGUUCUAAACAACACUUUUGUCCCGUGUUUUGAAUCAUCCAUUCCGUCCCUUAUUUUCCUUAUUUCUUAAAUUAUAUACUUCAAAUUUUUUUGAUUGAUAAUAUCUAGUUAUGGCAGUUGUGUCAAAUAAUUUUGUCUGCAAAAUACAUUGUUGUUAAAUAAAUUGAGAUUGAUCGUUGCAAUAACUAAGAAGAUCAGAACUUCAUAUUAAUAUCAUAUUAAUACGUCAGUUUGAUUCCAACAUUAUAUUUCGUACAAAAAAUGACGUGAAAAGUAAACAUUUUUAUUUCGGUUUGAUAACUUUUGAAUUACGGACUAUAGUUUCGAGCGCUACGUCCUUGCCGUUGUCUCCGCCCUCCCUCCCGCCACAUGAUGGCGUGUUGCAAUAUAUGUAAAUUUUAAGCGCUAUUUAAAAUGCCCCGUGUUUAUAAUAAACAAAUCUGUGGUCUCCAGACAUUGGACAAUAGAAAUUAGCAACAUUGGCCGUGGUUGCGGCCGGCCAUUGCGUUACGCGUUAUUGUAGAACGCGCGUACGAAAACCCGGAGCAGAAAAUCCGAAUACACGCGCGCGGCUUCGACUCGGAACCGCUCGAGUCCCGCCAUCCCGCCGUAAUCGUUUCGUCGUCGGGGCCGACCCCGGGCAGCACCGCGUGGCGGAUCGAACUUUAAUCAACCAUGAAUAAGUAAUAACGCACGGCGGCCGUACGUGUUUGCAAUUGUUCCCGUCCGGGAGUAUGGGGGUGGGACGCGGUUCAAAUCAGAUCAACGGUGCCCCGGGCGCGGUAUUGCGGUUAUGCAUAUAAUAUACACCGCGCACGGCUAAUGCACGCACACCAAUGUGUACCAACGCACACCAAUGUGUACCCACGCACACAUGCUGCGAUGCGAGGGUAUACGUUUCCGAAACGAAACAAAACAUGUAAUACACUCGCAGUAUCCGUGAACACGCAUACAGGGUGUUUCGUACUGGCGUGAAUCCUGUGCUCCGUGACCGAAUUCGGCGGACGGGUAUGCAUGAUGCGCGUGACACUUUACCGUGAGACGCGUUAACGGAAAAUGGCGGUAGACGCCGCAGGAACGACCGCAUCAUAGUUGCCCUUAAUGUAACACGGCCGGUCCAGCUAGAGGGGUUUUCCGUAAUUUUACAGAAAAACCGCUUCGUAGGAAUAAAAAAAAAACCUCACGCCGCCACUGGUCACGCGCGCGUACGAUACGCGCGAUACGCACCUCGCGGUUAGGUGACCCGAGAUACAAAAUUUUGUGAAAACAUUUUUUCCGAAAGACCCGCGACCUUGUACAAAAUUUUGUGAUGGUACAUCCUCCGUAUCGUUCAGAAAUUAUUAUUUUUUAACUACAGAUGUGUCCCUUUACAGUUUUUUCGUCCUGACGGCAUUAUAAACGACGUUUAAACGUUAAAACUGAACGAACAAUUGUGUGUGGACUUUGUUGGAAAUAUCGCGGAACAUUUAUUUUUAAACUUGCACAAAUAUUCUAAGAGUAGAUUUAAAAAAAAACCCGGGUUUUGAAGGUAGAAAAAAAAAUGUCAAAUAUCCGCUAUUGCCUCGCCUCGACGAGUUCGGUAUGCUCGCGGCGGUACACUAUUAUGAAACACCCUGUACUUAUAAAUAUUGUUCACCUUUAUUUUUUUUUCAAAACUCAGUAUAGUUUUACAAUACUAAAAUAUACCGCGCUCGCCCUCCACAACAUCAGGCCUGCAAGUGGUGGGCGGCGUGCGUAUUUGUUUUGUUCUCAUAAAAGUUUUCGGUCCGACGGAAUUCCCGGAUGGCCACCGCGGAUAACAUAAUAAUAUUAUGCCUGCCUAUAAUAUGCAAAAUAAUACAAAAUAUUAUUGUUUGAUAUGACCGCCCGUAGCAACGUAACCGAACCAAUACCUAUAACCUAUUAUGGUCGGUCAAUAAUCGCGGUCAUUGAUGGUUUAACGUUGUUGUGUACAGUUGCCGCGGCCGGUUACCAGAGCAUCUAUCCGAGUUAUAUGAUGGCAAUGGCGGUCACGGGACACGGAGCCACGGGCAGUCAUCAUCACCAUCAUCAUCACGGAGCCACAUCCAUGUUCGUGGGCCCGCCGGCCAAGAGAAAGAGGAGACACCGGACCAUAUUCACCGAAGAGCAGCUCGAACAGUUGGAAGCGACUUUUGAGAAGACACACUAUCCGGACGUCGUGCUCAGGGAACAACUGGCGCUCAAAGUGGAUUUGAAAGAAGAACGAGUCGAGGUGAGCUAUACAUACAUAAUAUGUAAUGUUUUGCAUAUUUUACAAUGUAGCCUUUUUACGGGAAGAAAUUAGAGAGAUAUUUCUCUUCGCUCGGCCUUUUUUUCGUAUAUUUUAUUUGAAUGACUACCUUUCUAUUUUUAAAUUCCAAAUUCUUUACAUUAAUCAAAAAAAAUCAGCAAUUUAAUGUGUUGGAGUUAGAUACUGUUGGUUCCUAUAAGUAGUUAAUAUAUCAAAAAAACCGCAACGUAUACACUCCUUUUAGUGGCGUAACUAGGAAUUGUAAUGCCCGUGACAAAAUAUUCUAGAUUAAUCGAAUCGGGGGGGGGGACAAGUGCACAAUCUUAAUUAGGCUCUAAUUUACACAGAGCGGAGCACAGAACAACGGUCAUCGGCUGUUUUCACACACCUAUCCGUCCACUCAAAAUAACAUCUUGUCCUUGAUUUCAGCCCCCAAAAUGGCACGGGCCCGUGGCUCAUAUGACACAAUUUCCAAAUGCAAUAUCUCCAACUUUGGCGAAAUCUAAAAUACACCACUGUUAUACAGAAUUGACACUUGACAGUACUCACUCUUAAUUGUUGAAAUAUUUCACUUUUAUGUAUUAUGAAUUAAAUAUCUAUGCGAUUUGGAUCCGAAUUCUAGAUGGAAGUAGACAAAAAAACGGGACACCCGAGGGAUGAGCUAAACACACUACUCCUAUACGCAAGACAAAUCUGAUUAAAUAUUUAUAUUGCCGGAUUGAAGUUGUUUGAUUAAAACAGUUGUUUAAGUUAAAAGCCAUUGAUUUUUUUUCGUCUGUAUACUUUAAAUAGUUAAAUAGUUAACGUUAAUACGAAAAAAUGAACUUAUAAUUUUAUUCAUCAAAAAUUGUAUUAGAUCAAUCAGACGUUAAAAAUGUUUACGUUUUUUAAUAAAUUGGCUAAUAAAUAAAAUGCGAAUUCUUAUCAAUUAAUUAAUUAUUUUAUUAGUAAUAAUAUGCUAUAGUUCAGAUAAAAUUAUUGUACUGGAUAAUUAUUGAGUAUAUUACAGUAAAUAUAUAUAUUUUACAACGAACGUUGCAUUCGAAUUCGUACGCAAUCAUGUUUAUUUUAUUUUUUUUUUUAAUAUUUAAUCUAUCGAAAAACAUACGCAAUCGUAUUUACCGAAAUAACACUAUAAACCUAUAUUACCUAUAAACGUUGUUAAUCUUGUUGACGAGUAAGACAGAUUUGAAUAUUAUAUGUUUUAUGCGUAUUUAAUUACAAUAACCAUAAUAUACCACUGCGUUUAUUAUCAUGUGAUUAUUUAGCACAAUGUUAUUAUAAGUAUGCUAUUAUAAUUUAACAAUGUUGUGAAUAUAAACGGUCAGAGUAUGUGUAAUAUCAAUGUGGUGUUGUAAUAUUUUCUUUUCUCUCGUCAUAUAUUCUAAUACGGUUAUUAUUAUAAAGAGAAGCGUAUAAACGAUUGUGAAAACUCACACAUGUUUACUAUUAUAGGGGUGUAAUUGAUAGGAAAUCUAUCUGUGUUUAUAUAUGAUGUAUAUAAUGCAGUUGUCAGGUUUAAGAGGUCUUUCUGUUUCUCUCGCUCUCUCUCUCUCUCUGUUUCUCUUACGUUCCAUUCAUUUCGGGGGUGAGGAAUCACGCAUUGGAGUGUUUUGAUUGGGUUCGGUCGAGUGGCUUUAGGGUAACAAUGAACCUUCUGGAUUUAUUUUAAUUAAAUUGCAUGAUAUGGUUUCGUUUUCUCUAUUUCCGUAACAAUAUUCGCAUGUUUACAAGACGAAUUAAUGGGAAAAUGGCUUUUGUAUAGUUUCCUCGACGAUGAUUAACCAACUUAGGGCACUCUGUGCUUUUGUUGAUCUUCGAACCCCUACAAAUGAAAACCUCUAAUUGUGUCAAAAGCUUUUUAUUAUUAUUAGCUGUUUUGCCUUUAGAAUUCAUUUAAACCCAUAAAAAAGAAUACUCGACUUUCAUCAAAAUAUUAAUUUAACCGCAUCAUUAUAAUAUGAAACUAAAAUGUGUCGGUUAUUAUUAUUGUUAUUACUUUUUAAACACUCUAUUUAUAACUCUGUUGUUCAAUUAAUUUUAUAUAAAGUAAUAAAUAUAAAUAUAUAAAUUCGUAUAUAAGAAUAUGUGAAUUUUUAUCAGUUAUUUAUAAUAAAAUAUAAAUAAUACGACAUGGUAAAUUAAUGUAUAAACUCUGAAUUUAGCGAAAAAUGGAUUAAUUUUACAAAGAUGUAUUUUUCCUUCACGUAACAUACCUACUAUAAAUAUUUUAUUCAUGUCAUCUGUAAUAAUAUUUAUACUGUGAAAUGAUAACAAAUAAAUGUAUUGAAUUAUAAAAAAAACAAAUGUAUACCGGGUCCCCCUGAGAGAAAUCGAAUGGGCGCCUAGUUAUUCUAAAUUACAUUAAAAGUAUAAUUAAACUAAAAUUAUUUUGCAACUUGAUAUAAAUAUUUAAAAUUAAUGUGAAUAUCUUCUAUAAAACCGACGGAGAAAAGGGGAACAAUGGACACAUUUUUAAAAGUAUUAAAGGCAUAUACUAUAAUGGGCUAUUCUAUUACUAAUUCGAAAUUCCAAAAACCAUUACGAGUUUAUUUAUUUUUUUUAAUAACCUAAUCGGAAGAUUUAUAAUAUAAAAUUUUAUCAAAAUGUCUAUUAGUUCUUUUUAUGAGGAAAUUUUAUUUCGCUUAUCUUGUAUUAUCUCCAUGUAAUAUAAUAAUUUUUUACAGCCUAGUAACAAAUUAUGGUUUUUCAAAUAAAGAACAAUAAUUUCCAUAUAGGUAGGUACCUAUAAUUUUUAUAUAAUAUCAUAUUUUAAUUUUUUUUUUUCAUUUUACAUUUAGUAUACUAUUAUACGUUGCAAAAAUUAGUUUUAAUAAAUUUAAUAUUAUUGUAUUCAUAAAAUAAAAAAAAAUCGUAAAAUAUAUCACUAAAGUAAAACUUAAACGUACUCUAUCAAUAACAGUUAUUAUUAUAAUAAUGUGCUUCGCCGUAUAAUAUUUAAAAAUAAAACCGCCUUGUUGGUUUGUUUGGAUUGUGUAUGUAUUUUAUCUGCGACUUUGGUUGACUUUUAAAAAUACUCCUCCUCUAAAUAAGUUUAAAAAAGCAGAAAGGAAAUUAAAAAUAAUACAAAAUCCUGCAGAAAGAACCCUAAACUUUGUAUAAAAUGGAUCCCGAUACCCGCAAGGCCGAGGGAAGGAAUUACCGCAAAAACAAUACGUCAAUUUGAUAAAGAAUCCUUUUUUCCGCAGACCCGACGAAACAUAAACAACUACUAAGGGCACUAAGGCGAAGCAGUGUGUUAUUUUUUCAUAAAAUAUUAUUAUUUUAUAAUACUAUAUACAUAAUAUAAUUUUUCAUUCUGCAGUAUAAGAAGAUGGCUGAAAUAUAUAUUUGUAUUAUUAUUAUUAUUAUUAUCAUAAGGCUAUUCAACUAUAUAACGCGGAAAAUACAAUAAGCUCCCUGAGGGGCACCGCCAUCCCCGGUCACCAUUCAAAUCCGAACGUGGGAAAUAGGGACACUUGGAACCAAUAGAAAUAUCUCAAUAUUCAUCGAUCCACAUAAUAUUUUUUGCGCACCAAAAAAAAGAGAUUUGUCCCUUAGUACAUAUUAUGUUAAUCAACUUAAUAAAAUAAUCAAAUUAUUACAUAAUAUUUACUACCUAUUACGUUUUAAUAAUAUCGGUACAUUCAUUUUUUAAAAGUUGUCUGUUUAAAAUUGAAUUAGUUUCACUUAACUAGUUAGAAUACUACUAAUUAUUAUAACAUAAACAUAAAACAUUUAAUAAAAUCAUUGUUAAAAUACCAUACGACAAAAUUGAAAACAUAAUGUUAUGAUAUAGUAAACCGCUUAAUGAAGCAGACAAUAAUAGUGUGUGCUUUAAACAUUAUCGUCUUGUAAAUUUUAAAAGAAUCUAAAUACAUUUUUUUUUUCUUUAUGAAAAUAGCAUUAAAUGUCUUGCAUUUGUAGCUGAUUGCUUUUAAUUUUUAAACGUUAUCAAAAAAAAAAAAAAAACUUGCAAUCAAAUGCCAACACGAUUUUUGAUAUGACUAUUAUGACUGACCAAUCUAUAAUGAUAAUUGAUCGACUUAUAUCAUUGAACACUAAUUAUCUUCUUGGAAGUUGGGAUGAGGUGGAAGUAGAGGGGGAGUUGUAGUAUUUUGAUGCACUGCUGACAAAAAUCCUUAGAUUAUUCCCGGUAACCACUGCAAUAUAUUCUAUUGCUUCCGAACCUGUAUACGAUUUCAAUCGAAAUUCGUUAUAUCGUUGUGCGCACAACACGCAUUCACGUCGCAAAUAAAAUACACGAAAAACAAAGUAAUAAAAUACAAUAUCCGCAGUAUAAAUUCAUGUCACGUAGGAUCUCAUAUUAUUGACGAACACUGUAUAUAUAACUAGUAACUGUAUAUAUAACGCGGUGUUUUGUGCGAAAGUUCAACUGAUCCGUGAAAACAUUGUUGUGUUUAUGAGAGCGAAAUAAUUGGCACAAAGGCUGAAUUCGACUCAUGUCCUACGGUAUAUGUGUGAUAAUAAUACAAUUUAUUACCUAUCGCGAGGUGCGUAUUAUUUGACAUUUUUAUCACGUGAAGGGCGUGAAGGGCGCUACCAAUAUGACGGUGAUGCCAAUACUCCAAAUCACAAAGUUCUUUGUACGCGUACCUCUACCUACCUCCAUACCUAUAUAAAAAAAUAUGUUUUCAAAUUGAUAAAUAUUUAAAAUAAAAGCAUCAUGAUAAAUAAAAAAAACCCCUAUAUUCGGUUCAAUAAAUAUAUUAUAUUAAAUAAUAUAAUGGUAUACAUAUUUAUAAAUGCGUAUCUUUUUAGUAAUAUCAUUCGUUAGUAUUUUUAUUGAUGAUGAUAUACGAUGUUAGCGUCAAAAUAAUAUGUUAUAGUUCAUGAAUUCCGGCAUUUAUUGUUUAUAUUUUUAUCGUGAUCGGCAAGGAUAUUAUGAGGCAUAAUAUUAUAAUGAAAACAGCGAGAACAAACAAAAUAUAUAUAUGUAUAUUGUAUAUUAUUUAAAUUUAAUUUCAAUAAACUACGGAUUCGAAUUUAAUUUUUAAAAUUAGGCACACUAAAAAAAGUAUAGUUAUUUAUUUUUUACAUUUUGUUUUUUUUUUUUUUUUUCAAUUGAAUGGACCUGUGCAUAAAGUCAAACAAAUAAUGAACAUAUCUGUUACAGUUAUUAUUGAAAUUUGAAAAACAAACGUAUUCCGUAUUUAUAUAUUAUAUUGCGUAGACAAUAGAGAAACUACCUAUUUUAAUUGUAUUAUAAAGAAUAUUGUUAUUUUAUGUUUAUCGAUUUUUAAUGUUACAGCUAGACAUUUUAACUUCAUAAUUAUUUUAUUGGCGUUAUAUUUUAUUCAAUCGUGUGUUUUUAAAACCACGAAUAAAACAUUUUUAGUUUUACUGUAUUUUUUUAUGUCUGUUAAAUGUUUUUCUAUCAAAAAUCUUGCUACAGUAAAGACUUCAUACAAACCUUAUAGCAUUAUUGAUCUAGUUGCUACAUAAAAAGUUCAUUUUUUGAUUUUCUUUUUAGUUUUCUUAAUAAAUGGUAGACACUGGCAAUUUUUGGUGUAAUUUUUGUUGAUUUCUGGAUUACGUUGCCAAAGAUAAAUAAAUAAUACAAACAAAUACUCCACUCAGAAUCGGUUUUCGAUAUCAUUGGCAGUUUAUCAUAACAUACAGAUAUAAAUUAAAUUACUCUAUAUAACAAACUCUCUCAAAUAUAACAAACUGUGAUUUCCGUAAACUUUCCAGUUUUUUCCUGGUUUUCCCAAUCAUUAAAAACUACCAGAAAAAUCAAAAACAACUUUUCUAUAAACUAACUAAAUUAAAUUUACUUUCAGAAAGGGUACUACAUUUAAAUAUCAGAACAUGAUUUCUGGCAGAAAAGUUGAUCACUGACACAAAAAAAACACAUUAUAUAUUAUUUUAAAACCAAUAUAUUAAUUUCUGCGUUCAUAAUCGAAAAUAAUUACAAUAUAUUCUAGCAAUUAAUUAUCAUUUAAUAUGUUUUCAAAACUGAAAUCCACCAAACGCAAUUCUCAUGUAUAGUUUUUUUCUGUAAAAUUUCGGUAUAAAACGUUAUAUUCGUCCUUAAAAAGAGCCAUAUCCCUUCCCCUGAAAUAAGUACCGGGCAGUAAAAUAGUGGAAAAUUCGAAUAAAAUUUUGAAAAUUUUUACCAAACCCCAUAAAAAUAGUAUGUUUGCAUAAACUUGAGAUUUUUCCAUAUUUUAAAAACCUAAAACUUAUAAGUCUCGUUAUGAUAAAUAUUAUACAUUUUUAGGUAAGUAAUAUCUUCUUCGAAUAUAUUGUAUUUAAACUAAGAUCAAAAGUUGACAGUGUAUAAUUGAUUAAUUUUACAUGGCCAUCACUUAUAUUAUAAUACACUUAUAUUUCCAUUGUCACUGUAUUUGCUUUUCUCUUAUAAUCUAUCAAUUUCUAUUGACUGGCGUGAAGUAUAAACGGUAUCAACGUAUAUUUAUUAGGGCCCCGCCCACGGCCAGCCUAUAACGUUCCACCCUCCCGUUUCGCUCUUUAACCGAAAUAAAAUAUAGUACGAAAUUAAUUAUCAUCAUAAAACAUUUCUGUCAUCGUUUUUAUGAAGCCUUACCUGAAAUACUAAUCCAAUUGUAUGUGUAAAACAAAUAAUACAUGAACUAUUACUGCUAUCGGAUGUAACUGUUAUAUUACGUAGGUGAGAAGCUGAGAAGGUAGAAUAUAUAGAGGAAUUUUAUUUAUUUCUAUUACGCAACGGUAAAUAAAUGUUGAUGAAAAACGAUUCUGAGCGAAGUUCAAUUAAAAAUAUUUUGAAAUGGCAAGAUUUUCGAACAUUAACAUUAACGAAAACCAGAUAAACUCGAAAAUUUCAAAUAAUUAUAUAAAUAUAGAUCAACGAUUUUACUGCGUUUUUAAAGGGCUAACAUAUAAGUAUUGGGUAAAAAUUUCAGGUUUGUGCGAUUAUUUCUAACCGAAUAACAACACAAAUACAAAAUCGAAAAAAACGGAAACCGUUAUUAAGUACAUUCUCCCAUUAUUCUCAACUAUUUUUGAAAAAAACUACAAGGAAUAUAAAAAAACGAUCUCUUAAACGCACUAACUAGACAACAUUUUCUUCUAAAAAAAAAACGUUACACUUGAUGAUUGAAUGAUUUCUGUUAGACAAAUUAAUGGCACAUGCAAAAAAUAAAACACACAUGGUAAAUAUAUUAUUAAAUAACGCAUUUUGUCUUUGUUUUUUGUCCUUGUAUACAUAAAUAUAGGUAUGGUUCAAGAACCGACGGGCAAAAUGGAGGAAACAAAGACGUGAGGAACAAGACAGACUGCGAAAAAUGCAACACCAUCUGGUACAGGAUCAGCCUGGAGUGUCUAACGGGUUGGCGGCCGCAGUGGCGGCGGCCGCGGCAAGGGGCGGUGAUCCAAUGCGUUUAGUCCAUCAGCACGCGGACGACGAGGAACUCGACGAGGAUCCCGACUCGUCCGACUUGGAAGUUGCCUAA